AAAUAGGGAGUUUGAACGUUGGAUCAAGGCUUAGGGUCGACCAUCAGUGUAAAUGGUGUGAUUUUUCCUGUCCAUCUCCCCUCGAGAUGGCCACCCACACCCUGACACAUGCCCAGCACAGCUGUUCGGAGUGUGGACUAGCUCUAGCUCGGCCUAGUGCACUGAAGCAUCAUCUUAAAAUUGUUCACAAUAUUUCUCUUAGCUCUUGUGAUGAGAAAAAGGCAAAAACAAGAUUUCCGUGUGAUGAGUGUGGGAAGGUCUAUGCCUCAGCAGGGGGGCUGCACAGCCACAAAUUAGGGACACAUUCAGGGAGGGUAUACAGCUGCAAGGAGUGUGGGCGGAAGUUCAACCACCCCAAAAACCUGGCAAGUCAUGUGGUCAGGCACAGAGAAAGAAACCUUAAGUGCACCGAGUGCAGUGCAUCAUUCUACCUCCGCAGUGAGCUUAACAAGCACAUCAACCAGGUCCAUCGUAAGUGCCGUCCUUAUGUCUGUGUGGACUGUGGCCGCUCAUUCUGCCAGCGGUCUGUGCUGAAACAUCAUAGAAUGGUACACACGGACCACCGCCCUCUUACCUGCCCCAUCUGUGGGCGGACAUUCAAGCACAGGCAUGCAUUCAAUUACCACUUGGAACAGGAGAGGAAAAUGGCAGCUGAUAGCCAGGAAGAAGGUGGUCGAAAUAAUACUGCCUUACCCUCACUGAUGACUGUAACAAGUUCCACACAAACCUCAGAAGAUGUACAUACUGAAGACCAGACUGUUAACUUGAGCAAAGUAAACAGUAUAGAAAAGAUUUCUGAUUUUACUAUUCUGACCUCCAAAACAGACAGGAAAUUCUCAUCAUCCAUAGAGACAAAGUCUGCACACAUGCCGCUGCUUGCCGGUGGUACUGAUACAUCAGACACCCACACAGGUCACUACUCUGCCGUAGAACUGUUUGGUAGUAGUGCAACCUUUACGAUAGACCCAUACAAUCAGAGUCAAAGAAGUGUAAUGCUAGUCACAGACAUCAACCAAGACCAUCCUAGUAUUGCUUCCUUUGUUUUGGGAGCAGAAGGAGCCACUGACAUAAGUCCAGACAACUUCAAAGAGCAAGUUGAUAGCUCGCCAGGAAUCCAUGCCACGUCAGGCAUAAGCACUCUGCCUGAUGUGGAGCUUGGUCACACAGAAAUUACCUGUACCACAGAGGUGGGAGCAGGUACCAGCAGGCUAGAUCCAGAGCCCACAGUGAGCCAGUAUAUUAAAGAGGGCAUUGAGGACUGCUGUGUUCUUAGUGAGGAUUUCAUAUCUGCAUACCAAGCCACAAAUGCUGAAGUUUUAACAGAAUAACAGUGGAUGAGGGAGAGUCCCUGAGCGCCAUGGAGAGAGAGGGAGGAAAAGUCAGAACACGAAGGAAAUCAACAAG